AUGGCACCUCAGUUAGAUGCUGCUAUGGUCCCUGAGGAUCACAGAGGUACGAACUUAGAAGAACUAAAGCAAGGUUAUAUCGAUUACAGAACUAAAGAAGAUGAAGAAUGUCACGCUGUGGAUAAUGGGACAAGGACGAUGGAUGAAGAUUCAGAGGGCUACAUAUCCACGAAGGACUACGCGUAUGAUCUGUCAGACCCGUUACAUUAUGGGUACCUCCAGGAUACUGGGAAGGGGCUUACGGAUGAGGCGGAUUACGAUACUGAUGAGGAUGCUGAUGAUGAAGGUGUAAAUGGAGAUUUUAAUAAAAGACAGAGCAUCGUUCUCCCACAGGACUAUCUGAUAAACCAAUUAGCAGUGGCACUUUACGAUUUUGAGCCUGAAAAUGAUAAUGAGCUUGGCUUGACGGAGGGCGACAUAGUAUACAUCAGUUACAGACAUGGACAAGGCUGGCUUGUCGCAGAGAAUCAGGAGGGAACUAAGACGGGUUUAGUGCCCGAGGAAUUUGUGUCGUAUUUGGAAGACAGUGACGGGGCGGCUGAUGAAGAUGGUGAAGAAGUUGAGGAAGAAACGGUCGAGGCAGCUCGACCCUUUUACUUAACGCAUUAUAUCACACAGGGUUUAAACCCUGGCUCACGAAAACAUGAUGAGGAAGCUGAAGGAAGCGAAGACAUUCGUGGCGAGGAAGAUUCGAUUUCGCAUAGUGAUGAUAUCCAGAAGGACACUGAUGAAUGGGAAGACAUUAAUAACCUAAAGGAUGACAUUGCUAAUAAACUAGAUAUUACUGAGAAUUAG